CUCGAAUCGAUUAUUCUAAACCUCAAUAAAAAUGGCUACUUUGAAGCACGCAUGUCAAGUGGAUUAUUAGUGUUGAUAAACAAAGAAUUUUAAUAAAACGGCUCCUAUAAAGUUAUUAAUCGUCGACAUUGUUUGUCGACGUCUCAUUGAUAUAAAAUUUCAAAACAUUUCGGAACGGUGAUAAAAAAUUCGCAAUUACGACGGAGUGUCAAAACAAGAGUGACAACGUCGAACGUGACGUUGAGGUUAUGGACAACUUCGUCAAGAUAGAAAAAAUAGGGGAAGGGACCUAUGGGGUGGUUUAUAAAGCCAAAGAUAAGUUAACUGGAAAACUGGUGGCACUUAAAAAGAUUCGUCUUGAGACGGAAAGUGAAGGUGUUCCAUCCACUGCUAUUCGAGAAAUAUCAUUAUUAAGAGAACUCACACAUCCAAAUAUUGUUCAGUUAUUUGAUGUAGUAGAUGGGGAUAAUCAUCUAUAUCUUGUUUUUGAAUUCUUACAACAAGAUUUAAAAAAAUUGUUAGAUUCCGUUAAAGGAGGAUUAGAUCAAGCUCUUGUUAAGAGUUAUUUGUAUCAGUUAUUGAAAGCAAUUUCUUUCUGCCAUCUUCAUUGCAUUUUACAUAGAGAUUUAAAACCACAGAAUCUGUUAAUAGAUCAGGAGGGUCACAUAAAAUUAGCAGAUUUUGGAUUAGCCAGAACAUUUGGUGUUCCUGUUCGUACAUAUACUCAUGAAAUAGUAACUCUUUGGUAUCGAGCACCAGAGAUACUUUUAGGAACAAAGUUAUAUUCCAAUGCAGUAGAUGUUUGGAGUUUAGGUUGUAUAUUUGCAGAAAUGGCAACUAGGAGAGCUUUAUUCCCAGGUGAUUCAGAAAUAGACCAACUCUUCAGGAUAUUCCGUACAUUAGGCACACCAGAUGAGAAUAUUUGGCCAGGAGUAUCACAACUACGUGAUUAUACAUCAAUGUUUCCAAGAUGGGAACCACGACCUUUAGAUGAAGUUGUACCUUCUUUUGAUUCUGAUGCCAAAGAUUUGCUUUUGAAACUUUUGACUUAUGAUCCUAAUCAGAGGAUAACAGCAAAAAAAGGAUUAAGCCAUCCUUAUUUUAAUGGAGUUACAUUAGUUCCACCCCCACUGCCAAAGAAAACUUGAUUAAGAUAUAUUAUUAAUUUUUAUGUAUUUGUAAUUCUUACAAUGUAAAACUGCCAAUAAUAUAAUUGAUAAAAACAAAUAUUUUUGGAAAACUAUACUAAAAUAUAUUUUUACUUCCGAUAU